AUGGAGCCGGGUGGGGGAUCCAGUUCCGGAAUACGAAAAGUCAGGAAAGGCACGUCUAGCUGCUGGGAAUGCAAGAAUCGCAAAAAGCGAUGCGAGUUUGAGUCUGAGUCUGACUCGAAAUCCGGCUGUGUUUCUUGCCGGCGCCGGGGCAUACCUUGCAUAAGCCAGGCAUCGGCAGACACUGCAGAUGACGAACAUGAUGAGUACGAGGGGGUCGCACAGCAUAUUGAUCGCGUGGAAGAUUUGGUGCGCCAGCUUGUGCAUCAAAGGGGCGCUCGGUCCCGGGGGAGACGUCCCCGGCAAGUGGCUAGUCGGCCAGUGUCCUUCGAUGUAUCAAAAUAUUCAACCUUGAGGUCGAUCAGCCAUGAGCGGAUGUCCAGAAGCUCAUCACUUACGGGAUAUUUGAACUCAACUCUUCCUGCUCCCCACAUCACUGCGAUGAUUUUCAACACCAAUAAACAGUACAAUGCGCCCCUUCAGAUCCUACAAGAUCUUAAUGUUGAUGGAGAGUCUACGGAAAAUCGGAGCAUACAUACACCUGAUAUCUUUCCAACCGCACAUCCCGUCGCCUUCGCUCGCAGGCUGAUCAAGCUCGCUCUUUGUCUGCGGGAGCUGGAUGAGAAGAAAUCCGAGCAGCUAAGCUCCAGCCUAGGGGAGCCCACUCUGGAUAUCGCGCGCCAGUGGUUCCAAGCAGCAUCGAAUCAUGUGAUGGCCCAGGAUCAUUUAGUGAGCUCACUUGACGGACUCGAGACUUUGCUGUUGCAAAGUCGUUACCACAUAAGCUUGGGUGAACUUCUGAGCGCGUGGCAAAUAUUCAAACGCGCUCUUCAUAUCGCACACCUGAUUGAUAUACCCUCGGAAGCUCAAGUAAGAGGCAGUCGGGCAGAUCGUGUUUGGUUUCAGCUGAUGUACAACGAUUGCUUCUUAUCGUUGAUGCUAGGGCAGCCAGUUUCAACCACCCACGACACCGUACUACCUCAAAGCUCAACCCUUCACAAUCCAGCGCAGGCACUGGAACGAGUUCAUUUAACGAUCGCUCGGCGUAUUAUCGCAAGAAAUAUACAGAUCCAGAACAGUCAUCACGAUGAAGUCCGUGAAGCGAUCCAACGCAGUUAUAGAGAAGCGAAAUCACUUGACCUACAGCUCAAAAAAGCUGCUAGAACUAUGCCUACCUCUUGGUGGAGGCCGCCUGUUCUUACAGCUGAAGACUUGGACCGAGAAGUGAUGGACAAGACUAGCAAGCUCCUGAUCCAAACCCAUCAGUACUAUCUUUUGGUACUAUUACACCAGCCUUACAUAAUUGCAAAGCCAUCUCGCGAUGAAUGGGAAUGUGAUUGGAGUUCCGUUGACUACGGCUACAGCACAAUGGCCGUUGUCGCAGCAAGUCGUGAAGUUCUCACCCGCUACCUUAUUCUGCGUUAUUUCCACCAGUCAUCUUCUUACCGUGGUUUUGACGAGAAAGCUUUCGCUGCUUCACUGGGUCUUCUGUUUGCUCAUCUUAACGGGCAUAGACUCGGAUCUUCCAAUGUGCUUGAACAUCAACGGCCACACGAUCUUGGAAUCUUGGAAGAUGCCAUCUGUUGCAUGGAGAAAGUCUCUUCGCUGAACCGGGAUCUUCAAAGCUGUGCGCGAGCUCAAGUGCUUAGACAGCUUGCUCAAAUUGAGGCGAACGCAGCAGAUGGAUGCGAUUAUGAGAUCUACUCUAGUGCUUCGCUCCCACUAAAUCACGGGACUGAGACGGCUGGAUCCAAAAGUGAUCUUGAAGUUUGUCUGCCAUACCUUGGUAACAUUCAUGUCGCUCGUCAGAUAACAGCGACACCUGGUGUAGAUCUCCCAAUUGCUUCUCGGGCUAACAAUAUCUCACCUGAGAUCGAAUUGCCUACUUCGGCCGAACGGCAAGAUGAGUUCAUGCUAUUGACCACCCUGGGAGACAUUUAUGAUGAUCACCACUGCGGUGAGUCUGACCCAAGCUGGCUUGAUAGAUGGUCCAUCCCGGAGAAACGGAAUAUUUAUUGA